ACACACACAUAUUCACACAACACACCCCCGUUGGGUGUGUAUACUGCAUGUAGGCACGAAAGGAAGCACUGUGCUUUAGUUCGCAUCGAGGAGGACUGAGAUGAGCAAGCGAAGGGCGGAAUGAGUACAGGAGCGCGGUCGGAUUCUCAUAAAGGCGGUGUAGUGUAGCCCCUUCACCCGCAGCUUCUGUCACCCUUCUGCAUCCUGACAGAGGAACACGGCGCCGUGCUUCUAUUACACGCUUCAUCUCCAUUUAACAGAGAACUUGUUUGAUUUUCGAGCAUGGCAUGUGUUGUGCUAGGAUGCAGUGAGUGAGAAUCGCCGCCUCUCCGAUAGACACGACCUGCACGACUGCAGAGGACAAGACAGGGAGGGAGCAGCUGGCCCUCUGCACAAGCGUGUGCUCCUGGAUCUCUCUCAGUCAUAACGCGCACGCCCUGAGACUUCUCUCUUCACUCAUCAGCGGGCAGAUCCACUGAUGGCUGUGUGUUCAUGACCUGAUCGCGACAGGGAGUGUGUGUGUGUGUGUGUGUGUGUGUGAGAGAGAGAGAGAGAGAGAGAGCAGCAUUCGCGAGGGGUUUUGUUUUGCUUCACUGUAACUGAGCUACGAUGUAAACGCGCGCGCUUUUCGUCUCGCUGUAUUCGUUAUCAGUCAGGAUCGACGCAGGGCUCUGAAUACGUGCUGCCUUUAUCAAAAUGCCGGCUGGAAUGAAGCCUCUAGAGAAGUUCCUUAAGAAGCAGACGAACGCGCUGACUCGGGCCGGUGGUUUCGGAGGAGAGAAGGCGGCGGCGGGCACGAGCGCGGCUCGGCGGCGCGCCAGCCUCUCGCGCGUCGUGCCCUUCUUCCGCGAGAGCUCGCCUGAGGGCGGCCCGGCGCGCGGCGACGUCUUCAGCCCCGAGACAGAGGAGGCACCGUGCUGGCCGUCGGCCGCCGCUACGGACAUCCGGAGCCCGUCGCUGUCCAGUGACGAGCAGAGCUCCGAGGCGAGCCUGGACACGGGCUGGACCCCGCUUCCCGCCGACACGCCGGAGAACCUGGCGCUCGCGCUGCUGGACAGCGUGGCGGGCAAGCGCUACGGCAACUGCACAGAAAUACUCCUGGACGACUUCAUGUUGACACACCCAAUCUUCCUGGCAUCCGACAAGUUUCAACAGGUCCUGCUUCAGCAAUUUGGAGCUGAACCCAAGCAGGGUGAAGGCUGGCCCACCUGGGAUGGAGCAGAAAGGAAGCAGGCUGUGCUGAGUGUGGCCUUCCGCUACCUGGACACAUACAGAGAGCUGCUACAGGAGGAGGGGGACAGGUCCAACAGCUUUCCUAAGGACCUGUACCUUUGUGCCGUGCAAGAGCUCAGCCGUUUCCCCGAGCUAGUGGAGGACGUUCUGAAGCUUCAGCGCUGGACUGAGAUCCUUCACAACCCGGCAGAGGAAGACAAGGAGAGUCGGAAGAAGCAGGUGCGUCCGCUCUUCCGCCACUUCAGACGCAUCGACGCCUGCCUGCAGCCGCGUGAGGCUUUCCGCGGUUCAGACGAAAUUUUUUGUAGGGUGUACACACCCGACCACUCGUACGUGACCAUCCGCAGCCGUCUGUCCUGCCGCGUCGGAGAGAUUUUGGCUCUGGUGCGAGAAAAGCUCCAGUACAGUGAGGAACAACCGACUCAACCAGGCAACCUUAUCCUAGUGGCUGUCACUUCAUCUGGAGAGAAGGCCGUGUUCCGUCCCAGUGACGAGGCUGUCUUCACCACUCUGGGCGUCAACACGCACCUGUUCGCUUGCGAACCCUCCGAGCUCGAGAGCCUGAUGCCCCUGCCUGAGGAGAUCCACUGGUCCCCGGGUGACAGCAAACUGCAUGACAUGAGUGCAGAGGAAGUCGCCAACCAGCUGGUUGUGUUUGACUGGGAGCUUUUCAGCUGUGUGCAUGAGGUGGAGUUUGUGUGUUAUGUGUUCCAUGGAGAGGAGGCUCGAUGGCGCCCUCUCAACCUCGAGCUGGUACUGCAGCGGUGCAGCGAAGUGCAGCACUGGGUUGCUACUGAAAUCCUGCAGUGCCAGUCGCUGCCUAAGAGGGUGCAGCUGUUGCGCAAGUUUAUCAAGAUUGCAGCUCUGUGUAAGCAGCAGCAGGACCUGCUGUCGUUCCUCGCUGUAGUUCUGGGGCUGGACAACCCUGCAGUUAGCCGUCUGCGCCUUACCUGGGAGGGCUUGCCUGGAAAGUUCAGGAAGCAGUUCCAGCAGUUUGAGAGCAUUGCGGAUCCUUCCAGGAACCACAAGUCAUACAGGGACCUAUUAGCCAGUCUGAGGGCUCCACUCAUCCCCUUCACCCCACUACUGCUCAAAGAUCUGACUUUCCUACAUGAGAGCUGUAAGACGUUCCAUGGGGAAUUGGUUAAUUUCGAAAAGAUGCAUAAAGUUGCAGAAAUGGUGAGGAGCAUCAGGCGGUACAGGAGUACUCAGCUAGCGAUGGAAGCCGAGCCAUCUCCCUCGCACCUCCAGACCAAGGCGUACGUGCGCCAGUUGCAGGUCAUCGACAAUCAGAACCUGCUUUUUGAAAUGUCCUGCAAGCUCGAGCCCAAAGAUAUGUAACAGGGCUUAUCAUCUCCCACCCUGCCAUUCAGACCCCUCCCUCUUUAUAACAAACCUUUCUGCUUCUCCAUCUCAGCUGGACUGCUGGAAGAGUAGUGAAGUCUGUCAGGAUACACAGCAGGAACUCCUGCUUUCUCGAGUCUGGACUUCGGGACAGAGUUAAAUGUUAUACAGCACGCUUAUUCAUUCACACACAACAUUUCUGCAACACCUCCUGUUUUUAUUUGAUUUGUAUUAUUGUUUUCUUCAAUCCGUGGAAUCCUUUCAUCGGUCCAUUCAGAUUUUCUCUAAAUAUAUAUAAAUAUAUAUAUAUAUUGCAAUGUUUUUAUUUUAUUUCCUGUGAGCUGUGUGUAGUUUGCACUGCCGUCAGUGGAACUGAAGCCUAUGUGAUGGGAUCACACUACAUUUCCUCUGGAUGCGUACAGACUUCUAUUCACCUCUUUUACCUCACACUAAAACAAAAAACAAACAAAAACAAAACAAUCCCCCACUAAAUCAUGAGACAAUCCGAUCUCAUGGACUUUGACGUCUCCGCUUCGUCCUCCCUUUCCUCCUACGCAAGCCAACUAAAGGCACUUGGCACUUACUAACUCAGCUCUGUGUUAAACACACACCUUCGCUACCAUGAGCCGCCAAGACCAGCUCCUUCGAUCGGUAAAGCCUUCAGCAUGCAUACCGUAACACGGAGACGACGCCUACGAGAGUCGAACGUCUCUGCGUUGAAAGCUUCGCUGUGGUUUUUUUUUUAUCGGGACGCUCCGGUCCCGGGUCUCAUCAUGGCGAGCACGUCAGAACAUCAUCUCCAUAUAGACAAUGCUAAGGUUGUUAUCCAGCCGGAAGUGUUCAAUUUUUCAAUAUGUUUGUAUUUAUAUCGGUUUUCUUCGCUUCUCUUGCAGUACAAUUCGCCUGGGUUCUCCUACUUUCUCGCAAAAGCAGGAAUUCAUAGCUUGAUUAACGAAUGAAGCUCUCACCCGAUUCUCCUUUUGCACUCCCCCAUUGUGUGUUCGACACCGUGGCCAUUAAUCAGCCCUCAAUCACACUUCAUCAUCUCUUGCCAAAUCCUAAAGGAGCCAUCAUAAGCUAUAAAAGCAAACCUGCUCUCAGACGGGCCGCAGGGAAAACGUCUAACCGCUGCUGGCUGCUUUUACUCGUCUCGGGCGCGAGAGUCUCUCAGGAUUUCCUUCCUGCUGAGAACCUUUGUUUUUUUCGCAGAGGCCUGUCUGAAAAGCCUCCGUGUACAUAACGUCGAUGUAAAUAGCGAAAUAAAUAUGAAGACUCUAUUUUAUGUAUGAGAAAUAAGAUGGAUGUUCAAUGAGAAUAUUUGUUUUGUAUAUCUGAGGAGGUUAAAAAAAAAGAUACGUGUACAUUUUAAAAACAGAUCGAGAGUCUAAUGUUCAUGAUGAAUUGCAGUUUUUAUUUGGUUCCUAGCUGUAGUAGAUGAUGUGUAUAUAUAUUAAAGUUUUGUUUAUAGUUUUGUUUAUAGUUUUGUUGACUAUCUUCAGUUGUAUUUUUGAUUUUUUUUUUUGGUCGUUUGUUUUAUAUUUUUUGCGAUUUACUGGAAUUGUACAGCAUGUGUUUGCUUCAGUUGGAUUUUUAUAGUUUUUU